UCUCCAGUCCUAAUGAAGGUGGGACAGGUCUAUAGAUGAACCAGCAGCAAAGUGAUGUCUUCAGCUGGCAUUUGCCUCAACCAGAAAUAUUGACUUGGUUCUUUAUUAUGCCUUUUUGUUUUUCUAACUUGGUACGUAGCAAGUUUUUUCAAAAUCUCAAACGAGGUGAUUGCAAUGUCUCCCUUGACCGAGCAUAAGUUUUUUCUCACAUCUCCAAACAGCUUCUAGAGCAUUGCCGUUGAAAAUCACUUCCACGUUUAAGUUUUAACGUACGUACUGGUGAGUCUUUACAGUAGAAAUACUCUUCUCCCGCCAAUUAAGGAUUAAGAGGAAGAUGGAGGAAGCAACCUCACUCCCCAAAGCUCUACUCAACAACACCAACAAUCCCAAACUCGCAUGGCACCUCUUCAAGCGCAUUCUCUCCUCCUCCUCCUCCUCACAUCUCUCCCUCCGCUCCCUCACCAUCAUAGCCCGCAUCCUCAUCUCCGCCAAAAUGCACCCCGAAAUCGACGCCCUCCACCACCUCCUCCUCCACUCACAGCCCCCCCAAACCCUCCGCCCUUGCCUCGUUUCCCUCGUGCGAAUCUUCGCCAAGUCACGCCUCGCCGACAAGACCCUUUCGCAUUUUAAGUCUCUCCGAAGCCACUUCCCCAAUGACCCUCCUUCUGUUUAUUUGUAUAACUUGCUUCUCCAGUCCGCUCUCAGGGAGAACGAUGUGGAUUACGUGUUGUGGUUGUACAAGGAUAUGAUUGUUUCCGGGGUUAAGCCCGAAACGUAUACUUUUAAUCUUCUGAUCUGCGCGCUGUGCGACUGUGGUCGUUUGGAAGAUGCACGCCAGGUGUUCGAUAAAAUGCGUGACAAGGGUUGUCAGCCGAAUGAGUACAGCGUUGGGAUUUUGGUUCGCGGGUAUUGCAGAGCUGGGCUUAGUAGUGGAGGGUUGGAGGUUUUGGAUUGUGGUGUUGUGCCCAAUAGGGUUGUGUAUAAUACUUUGGUUUCGAGUUUUUGUAAAGAAGGCAGGACUGAUGAGGCCGAGAAAUUGGUGGAGAGGAUGCGAGAGGAGGGCAUGUUUCCGGAUGUCAUUACUUUCAAUUCGAGGAUAUCGGCUCUAUGUAGUGCAGGGAAGAUUCUUGAAGCGUCUAGAAUAUUUAGAGAUAUGCAUAUGGAUCAGGCUUUGGGGCUGCCGCAACCCAAUGUUGUAACGUAUAAUCUGAUGUUACAAGGAUUUUGCAAGGAAGGGAUGUUAGAGGAAGCAGAGAGCUUGUUCAAAUCUACGGAAAAGGCUGGUGGUUUGAUUAAUAUAGAGAGCUAUAAUAUAUGGUUGUUGGGUUUGGUCAGGAAUAAGAAGCUCUUGGAGGCUCGACUGGUUCUGAAAGAGAUGGUAGAUAAGGGAAUAGAACCCAAUAUAUACUCAUAUAACAUUGUGAUAAAUGGGUUAUGCAAAAAUGGGAUGCUCCGUGAUGCAAGAAUUGUGAUGGGUCUGAUGGCAAGAAACAAUAUUUCGCCAGAUACUGUUACCUACAGUACUUUACUACACGGAUACUGCAAUAAAGGGAAGGUAUUUGAAGCCAACAAUGUUCUGCAAGAGAUGAUAACAAAGAAUUGCUUCCCAAAUACUCAUACUUGCAACAUUCUGCUGCACAGUUUAUGGAAAGAGGGAAGAACAUCAGAAGCAGAGGAACUACUGCAAAAGAUGAAUGAGAGAGGUUAUGGUUUAGAUACUGUGACCUGCAACAUCGUGAUCGAUGGUCUGUGCAAUGAUGGGAAAUUGGACAAAGCAAUUGAAAUUGUAAGUGGGAUGUGGACUCAUGGAAGUGCGGCUCUUGGAAACUUAGGGAAUUCCUUUGUUGGCCUGGUUGAUGAUAGUAAUAAUGGGAAUAAAUGCCUUCCAGAUUUGAUCUCAUAUUCAACCAUUAUUAGUGGGUUAUGCAAGGCUGGGAGGCUUGAUGAAGCUAAGAAGAAGUUCAUGGAGAUGAUGGGCAAAAACUUGCACCCUGAUUCAGUGAUUUAUGAUACUUUUAUACAUAGCUUUUGUAAACAAGGAAGGAUAUCAUCUGCAUUUCGGGUGUUGAAGGACAUGGAGAAGAAAGGUUGCAACAAGAGCAUUCAGACUUAUAAUUCACUAAUCCUGGGCUUAGGGAGUAAAAAGCAAAUAUUUGAAAUAUAUGGGCUGAUGGAUGAAAUGAAAGAGAGGGGAGUCCCUCCUGAUGUCUGUACUUACAAUAAUAUGAUGUACUGUCUCUGUGAAGUAGAGAGAGUCAAAGAUGCAACUUCUCUUUUAGAUGAAAUGCUGCAAAAGGGCAUAUCCCCGAAUAUUUCUACCUUCAGAAUAUUAAUCAAAGCUUUCUGCAAGGGUUGUGAUUUUGGAGUCGCACAGGAGUUAUUUGACAUUGCUUUAAGUGUAUGUGGCCACAAGGAAGCCUUAUAUAGUUUGAUGUUUAAUGAGUUACUUGCUGGAGGGGAAGUCGCAAAAGCUACAGAGCUAUUUGAAGAAGCAUUGGACAAGUAUUUUUAUCUGGGGAACUUCCUUUACAAAGAUCUCAUUGAUAGACUUUGCAAGGAUCAAAAGUUAGAGGAUGCCUGUAGCAUUCUUCACAAUAUGAUGAAUAAGGGAUACAGGUUUGAUUCAGCAUCCUUCCUACCAGUAAUUGAUGGCUUGGGUAAAAGGGGGAAUAAGCAUGAGGCUGAUGAACUGGCAGAGAGAAUGAUGGAAAUGGCAUCAGAAGGUAGGAUAGCAAAUAAGGUUUACCGAAAUGAGAGGGAUAUAAUUGGUGGAAAACCAAAGUCUUGUGGAAGUGAUUGGCAGACCAUAGUGAACAGAGAUGAUGGCAGUGGAAUCGUAUUGAAAACUCUUAAGAGGGUGCAGAAAGGCUGGGGUCGAGCGAAUCUAACGAGUUUGCGAACCCGGAAAGAUGAAUUUCUUGAUUAUUGAAAGGCAACAAUUCCCCACCCCCCACUUUCUUGCGAGUAUGUUGGAGACAGUGGAGCCCCAAAUUAUUUAGGCCAAGAGACGACUAACCUUAGUAUCUCAAUUCUCAGCUAAGUUGAAGGAAGCUAGAAUCCAGUUACCUCCAGAGUCCAGAUUGAUUUGUCAUUCACGGACAUGGUGACCCAAGUCAUAAAUUUGCUUUGGUCUAAUCCAGCAGUCCAGCAAUCAUGGUCCGUGACACUCUACUCAAUUAUAACAUUUACGACGAAAAUUUAUCUGCGCCGAUGUCUCACAUCUAGCAGAUCAUGUUACCUCUAAACUGAGGCAAGUUUUUCCUCGACCAUUGUGGGUAUCAUUUAGUACAUUAUGAGUAGCACACGAGCGAUGCAUGUGAGAGAACCGUUGUAUAUAUCUAAGUCGUCGGCAAUUAAUGUACAACUGAUAUAUAUAUAUAUCUUUAAAGUGAAAAUUUGAAAAAUGCUCCAGAAUUUUAUCUA